AUGCAGCAAAUGUGGACGGCAUUGACGACCAUGCUGCUGCUCCUUGCAGCAGCGGUUGUGGCAGCUACCGGCGCGACGACUCAUGGUGGGUGUCUGCCGAGCUGCGGCGGCGUGGACAUCCCCUACCCCUUCGGCAUCGGCACCGGCUGCUUCCGCGAGGGCUUCGAGAUCGAGUGCAUCAACAACGGCCCUGUGCUUGCCGGUACGUCCUUUCGGGUGGUCAAGCUGACGCUGGAUCCAGACGAGUCGCAGGUGAUGCUCCCCAUCGGGUGGCAGUGCUACAACGCCUCCGACCCAACCGACACUUACGGCAACUGGAGCAAAUCCGAGACGACGAUGAACAAGGACGGCGUGUACCGCAUCUCCAACACGCACAACAUGCUCGUCGUCAUCGGCUGCAACACCGUCGGCUACACCUCCAGCAAGAGGACUGAGGGUGCCGGCGCCAGCUACAGCCACAGCUACUACACCGGUUGCAUGUCCUACUGCAACAACUCGGCGAGCGCGCAGGACGGCCUCUGCGACGGCGUCGGGUGCUGCCACGUCAGCAUCCCGCCGGGACUCACCGACAACCUUUUCGACUUCCGGGAGUAUGACCACUCCAGCAUGAUGGACUUUAGCCCGUGCGACUACGCCUUCCUCGUCGACAAGACAAACUACACCUUUCGCCGGUCCGAUCUCAAGAUGGACAGAAACCGGACCUCUCUGGUGUGGCUGGACUGGGCCAUUCGCAGCAACAGCUCCAUCUCCGGCGACAUACUGUCGUGCAAGCAAGCGGCCAAGAAGGACCAGUACGCCUGCGUUAGCGCUCACAGUGACUGCGUCGACUCCACCAAUGGGCCUGGCUACAACUGCAAGUGCUCUGGUGGCUACGAGGGCGACGCCUACUUGCCCAACGGAUGCACCAACAUAAAUGAAUGCGCAAAUACAGCCAAGUAUAGUUGCUACGGUGUAUGCUCGGACAUAGAAGGAGGGUACGAAUGCGAAUGUCCUGCAGGUUAUCAGAGCCGUGACCCGAGAACCGAACGAUGCACUCAAAAGUUCCCACUUGCAGCACAAAUUUCCGUAGGUGCAAUAGGUGGCAUUCUUGUCUUGGCAUUUCUGGCAUUUUUUAUUGUUCUUCGCAAAGAGAAGCAGAAGGCCAAAGACUUCUACCGAAAGAAUGGUGGUCUUACAUUAGAGAAGGCUAGAACUAUUAAGAUCUACACAAGGGGGAAUCUCAAACCAGUUUUAAAGAGUAGCAAUGUAAUUGGUAAAGGUGGCUUUGGUGAAGUUUACAAGGGUGUAGUUGAUGGAGUUAUCGUCGCGGUAAAGAAACCAAAUGGUCGUAGUGUCCUAGAGAAGGAGCAAUUUCCAAAUGAAGUCACCAUCCUAUCUCAAGUCAGCCACAAGAACAUCGUAAGGCUUAUAGGUUGUUGCCUCGAAGUGGAUAACCCUAUGCUAGUCUAUGAAUUCAUCUCCAAAGGAAGCUUGGAAGACAAUCUUCAUAGAGCUGACAACAAGGACCUUCUUGACUUGGAUGUACGUCUAAGUAUUCUUGAAGACUCAGCACAUGGUCUAGCUUAUAUGCACUCACAAACCCACAACACAAUCCUGCAUGGUGAUGUUAAACCAGCAAACAUACUCCUGGAUGAGAACUUUUCCCCAAAGAUUGCGGAUUUUGGCAUAUCGAGGUUGAUUGCAAAAGGAAAGGAGCACACUAGAAACAUCAUAGGUGACAUGUCUUAUAUGGAUCCAGUGUACCUACAAACAGGUCGAUUGACCGACAAAAGUGAUGUCUACAGUUUUGGGGUUGUCAUCUUAGAGCUCAUUAGCAGGAGGAGGGCCACUCAUUCUGACAAUAAUAGCCUUGUGAGGAGCUUCCUAGAGUGUCACCAAAAUGGGGAGAGCAUGACUGAGCUCUUUGAUAAGGAAAUUGCAAUGACAGGAGAUUUGGAAUUUCUUAACAAGUUGGUAGAUAUUGCUGUUGAGUGUCUUAACCUUGAUGCUGAUAAAAGACCAUCAAUGACAGAUGUUGCAGGGCGCCUUCUCACGCUGCAUAGGUCCCGUAAUCCGUAG